AUGGCGUCUUCAUCAAAAGGUACAGAAGCUGUAUCGGCAAUAGCGAAACAUAUCGAUGCGGAAGGAUAUGAAAUGCCAUGGGUCGAAAAAUAUCGUCCAGUCUUAUUACAAGAUAUAGUUGGAAAUUCAGAAACUGUAGAAAGGUUAAAAGUGAUAGCUGAAGAUGGUAAUGUUCCACAUAUAAUUAUAUCUGGGAUGCCAGGUAUAGGUAAAACCACCUCGAUACAUUGUUUAGCACAUGCUUUAUUAGGUGAUGCUUAUAGAGAAGGAGUAUUGGAAUUGAAUGCUUCUGAUGAGAGAGGUAUUGACGUCGUAAGGAAUAAAAUCAAAUCAUUCGCUCAGAGAAAAGUUACAUUACCAAGUGGAAGACAUAAGAUAAUCAUCCUAGAUGAAGCUGAUUCGAUGACAGCUGGUGCUCAACAAGCGUUAAGAAGAACGAUGGAGAUCUACUCAAAUACUACACGAUUCGCUCUAGCUUGUAAUAUGUCAAAUAAGAUUAUAGAACCUAUUCAAUCUAGAUGUGCUAUUCUCAGAUACUCAAAGUUGAAAGAUGCAGAAGUGUUGAAAAGGUUGAAAGAGAUUUGCGAGAUGGAAAAUGUCAAACACAACGAUCAAGGAUUGGCAGCAUUGAUCUUUACGGCGGAAGGAGAUAUGAGACAAGCUAUAAAUAAUUUACAAUCGACAUGGUCAGGAUUCGGAUUCGUCUCACAAGAUAACGUUUUCAAAAUUUGUGAUCAACCUCAUCCGAUAGUAAUCAGACAAAUGAUCAAAGAUUGUCAAAGUGGUAAUGUAGAUGAUGCAUUAGCUAGAAUAAAUGGUUUAUGGGAUCAAGGCUAUUCAGCUGUUGAUAUAGUCGUUUCAGUCUUUAGAGUCACGAAAGGAAUGGAAGAACUACAAGAAUAUAUGAAAUUGGAAUUUAUAAAAGAAAUCGGAUGGACACAUAUGCGUAUACUCGAAGGUGUUGGAACUCUCGUUCAAUUAGGAGCAAUGGUAUCUAGAUUGUGUAAACUCAGUUUACCACCUCAAGCACUGAAGUUAUAG